GUCUCACACGCCGGGGGGUUAAGGACUGAGAAUCAUCAAAGAGCAGAAGAGGACCCCCUGGGCCUGGUGCGGCUUCGGCGCGGAGGCUGAGCCGCUGCAGGGGAUUUGCGCAGCCGUUGGCUUCCUGUGACUUCAGUGUUUCAACUUUUCUGACUCAGAACGACAGAAAAUGAGCAAGUCCAAGGAACCAGUGACAUUUAAGGAUGUUACUAUGGAAUUCACCAAGGACGAGUGGAAAUUGCUGACUCCUGCUCAGAUAACCUUGUACAAGGAAGUGAUGCUGGAAAACUACAACCUGCUGGUCGCAGUGGGCCAUCGUGCGAGUAAAUCAAAUACAGUCUUCAAGUUGAAGCAAGGAAAAGAGCCAUGGAGAUUAGAAAUUGAAUUUCCACGUGAGAGCCGCCCUGAAGACCUAUGGGCUAUUCAUGAACCUGGAACAAGACACCGUAAAAGCCAAACGGGAACUUCAAGGACUGGAGAAGCCACCAAACGUCAGAAAACUCAUGCCAAAGUGGAAGCCUUUGAAUGUAAAGAGUGUGGAAAGUUCUUCGGUCAAAAGUCUUCCCUCACAGUGCAUCAACAAACUCACUCCAAGGACAAAUCCUACGACUGUGAAAAAUGUGGGAAAUCCUUCUCUAAGACUGAAGACCUUACCAAGCAUCAGAAAAGUCACACCAGAGAUAAGACCUAUGAGUGCGAAGAGUGUAAGAAAAUUUUCUACCAUCUGUCUUCUCUCACUAGACAUCAGAAAACCCAUGCCGGGGAGAAACCCUAUGAGUGUAACCGGUGUGAAAAAUCCUUCUAUCAGAAGCCACACCUCGCGGAACAUCAGAAAACACACACAGGGGAGAAACCUUUUGAGUGUACGGAAUGUGGAAAGUUCUUUUAUAUGAAAGCAUACCUCAUGGUUCAUCAGAAAACACACACAGGGGAGAAGCCCUUUGAGUGUAAGGAAUGUGGGAAAACCUAUUCCCAGAAGUCUCACCUCACGGUACACCAGAGAUCGCACACGGGGGAGAAGCCCUAUAAGUGCAAGGAAUGCGGGAAGGUCUUCUCUAGAAAUUCACACCUCAAAAUCCAUCAGAGAAUUCACACAGGAGAGAAACGGUUUCAGUGUAAGGAGUGUGGGAACUGCUUCUACCAGAAAUCCGCCCUAACGGUACAUCAGCGAACUCACACAGGCGAAAAACCCUUCGAAUGUAAUAAGUGUGGCAAAAACUUCUUUUAUAAAUCAGACCUCACCAAACAUCAGAGAAAACACACAGGGGAGAAACCAUAUAAAUGCACGGAAUGUGGCAAAUCUUUCGCUGUGAAUUCAGUCCUCAGAUUACACGAAAGGACGCACACGGGGGAGAAACCCUAUGAAUGCAAGGAGUGUGGGAAGGCCUUUUCUCAGAAGUCACACUUCGUCAUCCAUCAGAGAUCGCACACAGGGGAGAAGCCCUAUAAGUGUAAGGAGUGUGGGAAGGUUUUCUCUAGGAAUUCACACCUCAAAGCACAUCAGAGUGCUCACACAGGACAGAAAUCCCCUAAGUGAAUGUGGCAACUGCUUCUGCCAGAGUUCAGGCCUAAGGGUACAUAGGCAAACUCACACCGGAGGGGAAAAACCCUAUUCAUGCAGAAAAUGUAGGGGAGGCCUUUUCUCAGAAGUUACACCUCAUCAUGCAUCAGGUAGCACACGCAGGGGAAAGCCCUGUGAGCAGAGGGAGUGUGGGAAACCUUUAUCCAGACGUCACAGGUCCCCACCCAUCAGAAGGCAAACAGAGCACAACAGGCGAUUGUGUUGGGUGGAAAAAAACAAAUCUCUGUAACUCCUCUUCACACGAGAGAAACUUGAUGAAUACCAUCACUAUGGAAACCAUUUCAGCCACAAUCUUUACUCAUAGACUAUCAAUAAUUAGAAAGGAAAGUUCUAUGAAUUCAUUAGGGAGAAAUCUUUACCCCUGUGCCACCACUUCACCACAGGGUCAGCAUGAGAUGGCAGAAACCAAAAAACUUACAGAACACGAGGGAUGCUUCUCCUUCAGAAGUUUACAGCAAUGAAAGCUACACAGGUGAGAAAUUCCAUCAUUAGAAUGAUUGUCAAGGAACGUUCUGCUAGGGAAGCCAGUACUAAGCACCCAGAAGCUCACACAAGUUUGAAACACCUCUGGUUUCCUGAGUAUUCAGCAUCCUGCGGACACAGGUAGAACUCACAGGCUUUGAGAACUCAGACGGGGUAACUCAUUCCAUGCAUUUAUAUGUGCAAAGAUGGCAGCAGGAAGCUAAGCCUUUCUCAAGAACUCCUGUGUCAGCAAAUGUCACAUUACCGAUAUUGGUACAACCUUUGUAAGUAUCCUAAACUGAGAUUUGUAAGAAAAGUUUGAAGUUUGUACUGAAGGAACCAGUUAUACUAAAAGUUAUAUAAUGGAGUCUGAAUUUUUUUUUAAGAAAUCUAGAAAAAUAUCUACAUUUAUGAAGCUAUAAAAUAGUGCAGGUCAAUUGAAUAAUUAAGCAAAACCAUUAAACACACCUGAAGUGUCCUCUAGCACUUGUAGGGUGUGUGUGUG